AUGGUGAUUGAUUCAUUCUCUCAUAAGAUUAACCAUCCGUGUGUUAUAUGUUCUAAACGAAAGGUGAAAUGUGAUAGGUUAUUGCCUUGUUCAAACUGUGUGAAACACGGAAAGGAAGCAGAAUGUUUACAGGGCUCAGAUACGAAAAGGUUUAAGAGUAAUACAAAUGAAUUAGAUGCUUCAUAUCAUUUAUUGUGGCAGGAAUAUGAACAUUGGAUUGUUAAGGUUGCUAUUAUGAAGAAUAAGCUCAAUAACACGGAUGUUGUGUAUGAUAUGAAGGCGGAAAUAGAGGAGUUAGAAUUUUGGAUGGUGUAUUUGAAUGCAGAGGCAUCAUUCAAGCUCCUGGAUUAUUCUAUGGAAAAACUCGGUGGCCUGUGUUUUGGUUGUAUUUCUGAUAUUGGUGAGCUGUAUCUAAAGUUAGAGGAAUACUGGGCUCGCCAGGAAGACAAAGACUAUACCCUGUCGGUUGACGAUUACCUUUGGGGCUCACUAAUUUGGUCUGUGCUAACUAUGGCGAUUUACUACAUACCUUUGAAUGACCUAUCUGAUAUUCUAAAACCAAAAAUGGUAUGUGAAUGGUACAAUGUUCACACAGAAUCUACUUGGACAGAGGAAUUGCAGUAUAAUUUAUAUUACGGAUUCCAAAAGGCAACAAUUUUGCAGCUUAAAUUAGCAAACUUUACUGCAUUUCCGGAUAUUAGAAUAAUACAGACAUUUUUAAUUCUAUGCUCAACAUCAUUUGUCCAACUAGACGUCUUUUUUGCGGAUAGUUUAUUGACUCAAUGCUUACAUAUUAGUAAAUUCCUUCAGAUUGACAAUUUCAGGCCUAUGGUAACUGAUUCCACCUCUUUAAGGCUAAACAAGUUAAUGGCUCAGAAAUUAUGGUAUAGACUAUCUAUAUGUGAUUACCUACAAUCAGGGCCUAAUAAGAAGUUAGCAAUUCACACAGAGAAUGAAUCCUUAAUCACGCAUGCAGCCUACUACGAAGAAUUGCCAAAUGUUGAUGUAUAUAGUAGCGAACCUACAUUUGAAACACUUCUAUGGAAGCUAAUAUCUUUGGAUCGUGACCUAGAAAAAUAUGAUCUAAGGAAACCAACUUUGAAAUCUUUAGAUGCUAUUAUAAGGCAGCUUGAUAUAUUUUCGGUUAAAGUUGAUUCGAUCGAAGAUACUGAGUCUUUUAGUUCAAGGUUUGAACAUUUUAUCUCCCGCUUGACAUUAAACUUAACUUACUGGAAAGUAUCCAAGUUAAUGUACGUUUACUAUAGAUCUUCUACGGCCUAUGACAGGAUGAAAACCUACACAAAAAUUAUUAUCGCAUUAAUUUUGAGGAACAUUAAAAACCACUCCUCGAACUUCAACAAAUUCCCAUAUGUAUCUUACGCCCUGUCAUUACUAAUGGGAUAUCAUAGCAUUCGAAAUGUUUUCUCUAACUCUGAAGGAAAUGAACAACUGGUAAUAGAUUUAAAUGAACUAAUGGAAACUGCAUCCUUAACUGUCCAACCUUCGUGUGCAGCUGUAUUAGAGAUUUCAAAAAGAAUCAGGAAGUUGGAAUCCAUUUGGAAAACAGUGAAGGUUAUUGAUAAUGAUGAUCCCUUACUCCAUCCAGUUUUCAAGAUCUUGCAAAAUGACAUAAAACUUGUACGUUCACAAUUCAACCGGAUUCCGAAGAUUUUCAACUAUGGACCGACUGUUGCAUCAGAAAACGAAGAAGACACCAAGGAAGUCCCAGAGUUUAAGGCAAUUAUGAAAACUUUCGAAAAAAAAUAUGACAUUCUCAAGAUAGUUUAUGACUUUUGA